GCCGCCACUCGAGGAGGGCGGAGGAGUGGGGCUGAGAGUCUGCAGGCUCGAGCGCAGGAUAGAGGGACGAGAACAGAAUCACCAGCACUGGCUGAAGGUACCUUAACAUGGGGAAUCUUCUUAAAGUUUUGACAUGCACAGACCUUGAGCAGGGGCCAAAUUUUUUCCUUGAUUUUGAAAAUGCCCAGCCUACAGAGUCUGAGAAGGAAAUUUAUAAUCAGGUGAAUGUAGUAUUAAAAGAUGCAGAAGGCAUCAUGGAGGACUUGCAAUCAUACAGAGGAGCCGGCCAUGAAAUACAAGAGGCCAUCCAGCAUCCAGCUGACACGAAGUUACAAGAGAAGGCAUGGGGUGCUGUUGUCCCACUAGUAGGCAAAUUAAAGAAAUUUUAUAAAUUUUAUCAGAGGCUAGAAGCUGCAUUACAAGGCCUUCUGGGAGCCCUGACAAGCACUCCAUACUCUCCCACCCAGCACCUAGAGCGAGAGCAGGCUCUUGCUAAGCAGUUCGCAGAAAUCCUUCAUUUCACACUCCGGUUUGAUGAACUCAAGAUGACAAACCCUGCCAUACAGAAUGACUUCAGCUACUAUAGGAGAACACUGAGUUGGAUAAGGAUUAAUAAUGUUCCAGCAGAAGGGGAAAAUGAAGUAAAUAAUGAAUUGGUAAAUCGAAUGUCUUUGUUUUAUGCUGAGGCAUCCCCAAUGCUGAAAACCUUAAGUGAUGCCACAACAAAGUUCGUAUCAGAGAAUAAAAAUUUACCAAUAGAAAACACCACCGAUUGUCUAAGCACCAUGGUGAGCAUAUGCAGAGUCAUGCUGGAAACACCAGAAUACAGAAGCAGAUUUACAAGUGAAGACACAGUGUCAUUCUGCUUGAGGGUAAUGGUGGACGUCAUAAUACUCUACGACCAUCUACAUCCAGUGGGAGCAUUUGCCAAAACUUCAAAGAUUGAUAUGAAAGGUUGUAUCAAAGUUCUAAAGGACCAGCCUCCUAAUAGUGUAGAAGGUCUUCUCAAUGCUCUCAGGUGCACAACAAAACAUUUGAAUGAUGAGACUACCUCGAAGCAAAUUAAAUCCAUGCUGCAAUAACACUUCUGGAAUGAGCACCUGCUGUAGAUGGAAGACAGUAUUCUGCAGUG